UUUCCGGUACCCGGAUUCAGCGAUGGUUGCUCCGGAGCCCGUCCGCUAGCCUGUCCUUAUUAGACAUCCUCUGGUUGCUCCUAGUUAUUUCUGGAAGUCGACAUUGAACGAGAUUCGUGUAAGUGUCGCUGUGAAAUUUCUUCCUCGAUGUCAGUAAACCUUUUUAUUAAUCCAUCUAGAGCUUCAUCAACCCGAGAGGUUUACAGUAGACAUCGGCUAAAAGCGGUGUGGAUGUGACACUACUUCCUGUUUAGGAAGUGUGCAGACAAUUGGACCACAGUCGAUUUGGAUAAAUUGUGGUAAACCUUUUCUUCAGCUUAAUAGCCGCUGAUAAAGUUUUUCGGCAGGAUGACACAAAACGAGCAAUGUCAAAUGAUCUUCCAAGGGUUCAAAGAAGUGGUUUCCAUCUCCGCCCCCACUACCGGUGUCCUAACAGUGGCACUGCUAUCCUGUGCAUUGUUUGGCAUCCAAACAUAUUUCAACUUAACCCAAGGUGUCUUUAGCAUUGGUGACUGUGUUUUUCAAAAUGGACACCUCUACGGGAUCUUGCUGUUCCCUUUUUACCACAAAACCUUCCCUCAGCUUCUCAUGAGCAUUGCGACCCUGCCGUUUCUCAGUGGCAGUCUGGAGAAAUGUUUUGGUACUCUGCGUUUCCUGUUGUUGUUCUUCCUGAUGUCGACCACCUUAGGCUCCACUUACACCUUCCUGGAUUUCUUGCAGUUGGACGGCAGCCCUGUUCCCGCAGAGGGGCUGCUUCCAGUGGGCCUGGCAUGUGUGUCUUUAAUCACCAGGCACACUCACAUGACAAGAGGUUUCCUGUGUGGAGUCCAUUUCCCCAGCAUGGCUUUUCCCUUGGUGUUACUCUUAAUCACCACGGCCCUGGUUCCUCAGAGCGCGCUGACCUGUAACGUCCUGGGCGUAGUGGUUGGGUGGAUGUACGCUAGAGGAUGUUACUCUGUUCUGGACUUGUCUGAAGCCAGGGCUGGCGUUGUGGAGAAGAUGAUACCUUUCAGGUGGUUGAGGAGCAUCAGAUGGGUUAUAUUUGUCCCUGCUUCCAAGGAAGAGCGGAAUAAGACCCUCCUUCCACAAAUCAAUCCCACGGCUGGAUCCUACCCGGUCCAGGCUUACGCUCCAGUGUCCAGCAUUAACACUGCUGGUACCACGGCCGAGUCUUACGAAGGCUGGCCGAAUUUGACCGGUACUCUGUCCGGUCACACACCACCUCCCAACCCUCUUGGGCAUGCCUCUGCACAUGGUUUUGGACUAAGUCAUGGACACCCACAGCAGAACAUUGGCCAUAGCUGCAACCAUAGUCACGGUCAACCUUAGCCAUUGUUAUUAAUUUGAUUGGCUUUACACAUCCCAUCAAUACUGCUCUUAUUUAUCACUAUUGGACACCUGCAGCUCUCUUGUCAUUGGAUUAUGUUGUCUACGUGAAAUGUUUGGACACGUGGUUGAAAUGUGUUUACUGUGCUUCUACUGUAAUUACAGGAUAUUUCUAGUGUUAUUUGUGUCUUUUGUACAGUAAUGUAUUUGUUUUGUAGUUAAUAAUAAUGCAAAUAAAUGUGUACACAAAUUAAGUCUUUUAAGCAUUUACAUAUGAAAAAACCUAGUAAUGGGUGUAUAUAUAUAUAUAUAUAUAUAUAUAUAUAUAUAUUUAUUUUUUAUGUGUGUGUGUGUGUGUAUAGAUACAUACAAAUAAAGCAUGUGCAGGAUAACACAUUAGAUAUUAUUGUGAAUAUAUUUAUACUGGUUUAAAGCUCCCAAAACUUUAGUGAACUAGAAAAAGACUGUUCUGACCCCCAUCAGGUCUUCAUCAAUACAACACAGUGGACAUGGUAUAUCUGUAUAUGUGUAUAUGGGCACAAGACCAAUUACAUCUGGCUGAUGUCAAGGUCAAGUGAUCAAACAAAACAUAUUUAAUAUGGCUCUCAAAAGUGAUUUUAAAACAUGAAACAGUUGCUAAAAGUAAGGUAGAACAUCCCAGACCUGAUUUAAGACAUACAAAACAGGUAAAGUUAAAAUUUAUUUGGUUCACUUGACAAUGAUGUCAGCAGAAUGUAAUUAGUUUUGUGCCUAUAUAUGAUAUCUUGUUGGCCAUUUGUCUGAUGUAACAUUGAUUUGUGUGUAUGCUAGUUAAGUCCUUGGAGCUUUAAUUCCCUGUUCUCUUAGAAAAAUGUACUGCUCUUAUGUUCUUUGCAGUUUUUAACUUACUUGAAAAUAAUAAUAAAAACAUGAUUAACAAUUAUAAUAGAA